AUGUCACUCACCUACGAUAACGACGGAGACGCCCUCUCCACCGCGCUCCAUGUCAUAACCACCGAGCGCGACGCUCUCACGCACCUCGAAUGCCUCUACCGGACCAACGACCUGGCCCAAAAAAAUGUAGAGCGCGCAGUCUCGCAGCUCGUGCACACAAUAAACCGGGGCGGGAAACUGGUGGUGUGCGGCGUUGGGAAGAGUGGCAAGAUAGGUCGCAAGUUGGAGGCGACUAUGAAUAGUGUUGGGAUUCAUAGUGUGUUUUUGCAUCCUACCGAAGCUUUACAUGGUGAUUUGGGUGUUAUUCGAUCUAUUGACACACUCCUCCUGAUAUCCUUCUCCGGACGCACGGCAGAAUUACUCCUAAUGCUCCCUCACAUCCCACCCACCGUGCCCAUAAUAGCAAUAACAUCCCACACCCACCCAUCAACCUGUCCCCUCCUAUCCUUCAAUUCCCCCGACAUGACCAUCCUCCUCCCGGCCCCAUUACACAUCGACGAAGAAUCCAGCUUCGGUCUCUCGGCGCCUACGAGCUCUACUACUGUCGCACUCGCCUUAGGAGAUGCGCUCGCUCUCGCCGCAGCUCACAAACUACACACGCUACCUGGCCAGGGACCCGCAGAAGUAUUCAAGGGGUAUCAUCCCGGCGGCGCCAUAGGCGCUGCCGCCGCGACUGCUGCGGCAAUCAAUUCUGCGAUAUCCACCCCGUCAACGUCAAUGACUACAUCACCGAGUUUGAGGUCGUUGGAAGACGCGGGCAUAAAAUUGUCUUUGGACGAUAGUAUCACUCAUACCGGUCUGAAAUCAGAUACGACCAUCUGUUCGUCCGAACACUUUGUGUCGAUGGAGUGUAUACCAACCGUCUCUCCAAGCCAACAACAACAACAAACAGAAAAGAAAGACUCAAUCCGCGUCAUCGACGUCCUAUUAACAGCAAUUCAAAACCCCAACUCAAAGUCCUGGGUGAAAUUAUCAGAUACCCAAAUCAUUCCACCACGCUUACUCCGCGCAAUGACCGAUCCAUCAACAACAACCUUCAAAAUCGACACUCCAAUCACAGAGAUAUCUUCUGCGACAUUCCCCUCUACAUCAAUACACGCGUCGAGAUGGUUACCAAUACGCUCGUCAACCACCAUCGAAAAAGUGAAAUGCAUUCUCGAAGAGACCACGGGGAUAACCGAUAUGAUGCUCUCUGACAACCAGAAACAAAACAAUGAAGAUGCCGAGAAUAAAUACAUCGUCAUCAGUGUCGUGGAUGAUAUGGAUUCCAACAAAAUCCUGGGUUUUGUCGCGGGGGAGGAUGUUCAUCCUUCUAUUUUAUCUUCUGCAUCAUGA